UUGUUUGGGUGGAUCAUUCUAGAGAGAUCGGAUCGGACGUAAAAAUGGACGGCUUGCAAGAAGCGGAUCCGCGGUAUCUUAAAAGGAAAGUGAAAGGAUGCACGCUGGACGUUCACCCAACGGAGAAAGCCAUCGUGGUGCAGUAUGAGGUCGAGGCAACGAUACUCGGUGAGCAGGGCGAUGCCAUGGUCGGAGGUCGUAAAGAAUGCCAGAAAAUCAUUCGUUUGAAAAGCUUGAAUGCCAACACCGAUACGUCAUCGUUAGCUCGGAAAGUGGUGGAAGAAUGCCAUUUGAUUCAUCCCUCAAAGAUGAACGAGGUCGAGCAGCUGUUGUUCUACCUUCAAACCCGCAGACAGUCAAAUGACGAGCCCGAAAAAAAGCAGACCUCCCCUCGGGAUUUUGCAUCGUACGCAGGUGUCGAGCUCAAUGAGGAGGCCAGCAUCAACAGCAUUGAUGAGUAUUUGGAGCUCCUGUAUGAGGACAUCCAGGAGAAGAUCAGGGGAGCCACGCUGAUCUUUCAACUGGCCCGCAACCCGGACAACUUGGAGGAGCUCAAACAGAAUGAGAUGGCUUUAGCAGCAUUGGCCAGAGUUCUGAGAGAAGACUGGAAGCAAAGCGUGGACCUGGCAACAACCAUCAUUUGCAUCUUUUUCUGCUUCUCCAGUUUUUCACAGUUUCAUGGCCUGGUCACACAUUUCAAGAUCGGGGCCCUGUGCAUGAACAUCAUCGAACAUGAGCUCAAGAGGUAUGACCUGUGGCAAGAUGAGCUCCAAAGGAAGAGGAAGGCCUAUGAAGAAUUCUCAGAGAACCAAAAUCUGAAGAAGGAGCAUGAGAAAUCCUUAAAAAAGUAUCAAAGCCUCCUUACUAAACAGGAGCAGCUUCUCAGAGUUUCUCUGUGUCUGUUGUUGAACCUUGCCGAAGACACGCACACAGAACUCAAGAUGAGGAACAAAAACAUAGUUCACAUGCUUGUGAAGAUUCUGGACAGGAAGGAUGAAGAGCUUCUUCUGGUAGUGGUCUCCUUCCUCAAGAAACUUUCCAUCUUCUUGGAAAACAAGAAUGACAUGGCUGAAGUGUUUGCAGUGGAGAAGCUGGCCCAGCUGCUUCCAUGCGAGCAUGAAGACCUGCUGAGUACCACGUUGCGCCUGCUGCUCAACCUUUCCUUUGACACAGCGCUGCGCAACCAAAUGGUCCAGGCAGGACUCGUCGCCAAACUCUCGUCGCUGCUGGCUGUCGAGGGCCAGCGACAGCUCAGCAUGUGCGUUCUCUACCACAUCAGCAUGGAGGACAGAUUCAAGUCCCUCUUUGCCAACACGGACUGCAUACCGCAGCUCAUGAAGAUGAUCUAUGACUUGGGAGAACAAAAGAUGGACUUUGAACUCAUCUCGCUGUGCAUCAACUUGGCCGCCAAUAAGGCCAACGCCCAAGUCAUGUGUGAAGGCAACGGCUUGAAGAUGUUGAUGAAGCGCUCCGUCAAACUGAAAGACGUUCUGGUGAUGAAGAUGAUCAGGAAUAUUUCCCAGCACAGCGGCCCUACCAAGAGCUUAUUCCUGGACCACGUCGGAGACUUGGCGGCUCAGAUCAACGUGGACAAAUCCGAAGAAUAUGUCAUUGAGUGUCUUGGAACACUUGCGAAUCUGACCAUUCCCGACCUGGACUGGGCUUUGGUUCUUAAAGAGUACAACUUGGUGCCCUACCUGAAAGACCGGCUGAAACCGGGUGCCGCUGAGGAUGAUUUAAUUCUCGAGGUGGUCAUUUUGAUCGGCACCGUCUCCAUGGAUGACUCUUGUGCGGCCAUGCUCGCCAAGUCCGGCAUCAUCCCCGCUCUCAUCGAGCUGCUCAACGCCCAACAGGAGGAUGACGAGUUUGUUUGUCAAAUUGUCUACGUUUUCUACCAAAUGGUCUUCCACAAGGCCACCAGAGACGUCAUCAUCAAAGACACGCAGGCCCCGACUUACCUGAUCGACCUGAUGCACGAUAGCAACGCCGAGAUCCGCAAAGUCUGCGACAACACGCUGGAUAUCAUUGCCGAGUACGACGACGAGUGGGGCAAGAGAAUACAGAACGAAAAGUUCCGCUGGUAUAAUUGCCAGUGGCUUGAGAUGGUGGAGAACCGGCAGAUGGAUGAGACCGGGGAGUCUUUACUCUACGGCGACGAGUGUGACUCCUUCAUGGAGAACAGAGACAUUCUCGAGAGACCCGAUUUCUUGUACAGUGCAGAUGGGAUCAUGUCCACUGAUGGUGCAAUCAGCCCAGAGUUUUAUACCAACUUCAAGAACGGAGAGCUGGGCCAGUCCUUCAUGGGAAAUGUUUCGGAUGAGUCCGUUCACGGUCCAGCCGAUCGUCCGGUCAGCGCUUACGGCUUCCGACCAGAUGAACAGCUUUUCAACUACACCACCUCCUCCCAGCUGACGUGGAAUCUUGUCAACGUCAACAACGAUCCGGCCAUUUAGGUUGCCGUUAGACUUCUCCAAAAGCUUGCUUAUUAAUUGUGAUGUAUAUAGUAGAUGUGCAAAUUGUUGUGAUUAUUGUAUGUUAGUGCUGCUUCAGUCUGACAGUUGAAUAAAAAAAGAGUGUCAGUUGUGAUGUUUAUGUAACUUAUGAAAAUAUUAAGAUUGCCUCAGCCUGCAUUUGCUGUCUCACUUGUCAAUGUGCAUGCAGGUCACCUUCCACUGUGACUAAAUUGUAAAUUGUGAAACCAUUAAAAAG